GGGCCGCCGCCCCUCGCCGCGCCCGGUGACCACCCCGCCGGCCCGGGGCGAAGAUGGCGGAGAGGUUGGAAUGGGUGGAAAUCAUUGAACCUCGCACACGGGAGCGUAUGUACGCCAACCUCAUCACGGGCGAGUGCGUCUGGGACCCUCCCGCCGGCGUCCGCAUCAAGCGCACCAACGAGAACCAGUGGUGGGAGCUCUUCGACCCCAACACCUCCCGCUUCUACUACUACAAUGCCACCACCCAGCGGACGGUGUGGCACCGGCCGCAGAACUGCGACAUCAUCCCUCUGGCCAAGUUGCAGACGCUGAAGCAGAACACCGAGUCGCCUCGGGCCUCCACCGAGAACAGCCCCGGGCGCAGCACCAAUGUCAGCCGUGAAGGGAGCACCAGCUCCUCUUUGGAGCAGGAGCUGGAAGGAGGAGAAAAAGUCCCGGAUCAGAACCGGCCUAGCCGGCAGCCGACUCCGUUUGCCAUCGUUAAAGAAGAAGCAGAAAGCUCUUCGCCGCCUGGAGUUUUUGAAAAGGAAUACGAACUCUACCGAGACUACGGCUCCGAUGGACAGCGGCUCCACUACCGGGCAUCUUCUCUUCGUUGGAACACGGGGACGAAGGAACGGAUGCUAAUCAAGGUGACGGACCGCGAGCCCAGCUUCCUGAUGCAUCAGGGUAACGGCUACACCCUUGACCAUCAGCAGGGCACCCGGUCGCGGAGGCCCUCGGGUGGCCAGCCCUCUCCCAACCUCCAAACCUUCGCCACCGAUUCCGACAACUCGGUCUUCUUCCCUGAGCGGAAGCCCUCGCCCUUCCUGAAACGGGCCGAUCAUGUGGGCAGCUGCUCCCCAUUGCUGGCGCGGGGGGACCCUUUCUGCUCCCCGAUGCAGGGCCAGCACCGCAAGCACUCCAGCGAGUCUCAGCCUUCCUCUCCGCGCUACGCCUACGAGCCGCCCUUGUACGAGGAGCCUCCCAUGGAGUACCAGGCCCCCAUCUAUGACGAGCCCCCGGUGGAUAUGCAGUUCGAGGCCGGCGGGAGCUACAAAGCGGGUUCGCCCCAAAAGUCGCCCAUCCGCAAGCCCCACUCGUUCCUGCAGUCCCCCAAACAGGGCUCCAACUCCCCGUACCAGCAACUGGUCUUGACCAAGCAGAAGGGCUCGGACCGCUUCAUGAGCCUGGAGUACAGCCCUGCGGGCAAGGAGUAUGUCCGGCAACUGGUAUAUGUGGAGCAGGUGGGGUCCAGCCCUACCAUGAAGAGCGCCCCCCGGCACAAGUACUCGCCCAACCCCAUCGGUGGCUCUUACUCGCUGCAGCACAGCUCCUGCCUGAUGCGGGACCAACGCCUGGAGAUCAAAUCUGGUGACUACAGCAGCAUGGAAGGGGCAGAUUUCCGGCACAGCCCUCCGGCUGUCAUGCCGUCGGAGGGGGAGGAUUCCAUGUCCUGCUCCAGCCAGCAGAACACACUCUCCUCCACGGGUUACUCCCCGGGCAGCCGCAAACGAAAGAGCCGGAAGCCCGCUUUUUCAUACGACCCCAACACAUCGUCCACCGACGGCUCCGGCGAGCGUGACGAAGGCAUGCUAGAGGACAGGCCUCUGUCUGGGUGCAGCCGGUCCCCGGGUGGGCGUCUGGAGAGCCGGUCGGUGGAAGGGGAGUCCUGCAGGGCUUCGGCAGAGCCCUUCCUGGCUCAGGCCCGCCUGGCUUGGGAGGCUCAGCAAGCCCACUAUCACAUGAGGCAGCGCAGCAGCUGGGACUCCCAGAAGGAUGGUUCCGGGUACGAGAGCGAUGGGGCUGUGCCGCUGCCUAUGCCGGGACCGGUGGUGCGCGCCUUCAGCGAGGACGAGGCGCUGGCCCAGCAGGAGAACAAGCACUGGAAACGCAACCCGUUUGAGAAGCUGGCCUUUCCGCAAAUCCUGCUGGAAAAGAGCGUGUCCGUGCAGACGAAUUUGGCGUCGCCCGAGCCAUACUUGCAUCCGUCCCAGUCAGAAGAUCUUGGCGCCUGCGUCCAGUUUGAGAGCAGCCGCCAAAACCGGAACAUGAUGCCCAGCAACAGCUGCGUCUUCCCCACCUUCAACCUGAGGAAACCCUCCUCGGAGACGGACAUUGAGAACUGGGCCUCCAAACACUUCAACAAGCACACACAAGGUCUCUUCCGACGCAAGAUCUCCAUCGCCAACAUGCUGGCCUGGAGCAGCGAGUCCAUCAAGAAGCCCAUGAUCAUGACCAGCGACCGCAACGUCAAGAAGGAAGCCUGCGAGAUAUUCAAGCUCAUCCAGAUGUACAUGGGCGACCGGCGGUCCAAGACGGACCAACUCAACGUAGCCCUGGAGAUUGCCACCAAAGGAUGGAGCAUGCAGGGCCUCCGCGACGAGCUUUACAUCCAGUUGUGCCGGCAGACCACUGAGAACUUCCGCUAUGAGAGUCUCGCCCGGGGUUGGGAGCUGAUGUCCAUCUGCCUGGCUUUCUUCCCACCCACGCCCAAGUUCCAUUCCUACUUAGAGGGAUACAUCUACAGGCACAUGGACCCGGUGAACGAUACCAAAGUGACUCAGCACAUUAAAGAUCUUCUGGAGAGAAACACUAAGAAGAAGUCCAAAUUGAGAAAAAAACCCAAACCUUAUGUUGAAGACCACGAUGGGGUGGCGGUAAGCACUUACGCCAAGUAUUGCUACAGCAAGCUCCAGAAGGCAGCGUUGACUGGCGCCAAGAAGGGUCUGAAGAAGCCAAACAUCGAAGAGAUUCGUCACGCCAAGAAUGCCGUCUUCAACCCAUCCAUGUUUGGAAGCUCCCUGCAAGAAAUCAUGAACAUGCAGAAGGAGAGGUACCCGGACCGCCAGCUUCCGUGGGUGCAAACCAGGCUAUCAGAAGAGGUCCUCGCGCUCAACGGAGACCAGACCGAAGGCAUCUUCAGAGUUCCUGGGGACAUUGAUGAAGUCAACGCCCUCAAACUGCAGGUGGACCAGUGGAAAAUCCCCACUGGUUUAGAAGACCCCCAUGUUCCAGCCUCCUUGCUGAAGCUCUGGUAUCGCGAACUUGAGGAGCCUCUGAUCCCGCACGAUUUUUAUGAAGAGUCCAUCACCCACUACGAGAAUCCCGAAGCUGCCAUCGCCGUCGUCCACUCCCUGCCCAGGAUCAACAAAAUGGUGCUUUGCUACCUCAUCCGUUUCCUCCAGGUCUUCGUGCAGCCGGGGAAUGUGGCCAUCACCAAGAUGGACGUCAACAACCUCGCAAUGGUGAUGGCCCCCAACUGUCUGCGCUGCCAGUCAGAUGACCCACGGAUUAUUUUUGAAAACACCCGCAAGGAAAUGUCCUUCAUCCGGGUGCUCAUCCAGCACCUGGACACAGGCUUCAUGGAGGGAGUGCUAUAGCCCCUGUGCCGAACAGGACCGGACUUUAGUUGGACAACCGUCACCUGAAUCUUCUCCCGUAUCCCGACGUCAGUCAGUGAAAACCGUUUUUUGAUGCAGCAGGAGAUUGCCAACCUUGUGAAGCACUCGGAGAGAAAGCUUGUGGGCCACACUGACUUUGCCAUCUUGGCUAUGCCAACGUGGGCAUCUGAAGUUGCCCAGGAAACCUCCCUUGGCACCUGCGCAGUGGACAAAAUGAGGCUGCCUCUUAGCGGUCCCCUGGUGGACAGCCUCCUGGCUAGGAACUUCCAUCAGGAGCGUCUACAUAAAUGGACAACCCGACACCAUUCGGGAGGACUGUGAACCAAGGUAGAGAGGCCAGGAGGCCUGUCUACCCUCCCCCAAAUUAAACCUGUCUAGUGGCAAUUGGGGAGGGGGCACAAGUACCGGGUACGGGCAGCUGAAGGAACGUUCAAAUGGGUCGAGGCAGGGCGAAUAUCCAAGAUGGUAGCUGAAUAAUUUUCAGACGAGCCGGAGGGGGUGGGAGGAAACGAAAGGUGAUAGAACGCAGAUCACAAAGACUGGCGUUGCAGGGCAAGUGAACAGGCCUCCCAGGAGGAGAGGAGGGGAGGGGUUGCCAUCAGAUUGACCAAUUGUGAACUCUAAGGGGGGGGGGGGUGGCACCUCUGGAAGCCAUGAACCAGCUGUGGACGAGGCUCAAACACCUGCAGGCGUUUUUAAGAUUUGGGGAAGACCCGUUUUCCUUUUUUCUCUCUUGUUGCAGCACAGUCACUGCCAAAGGGGGCCAAGCCAUGCAGCCCCCCUCCCCAUCUCAACAUCUAAGCACCCCCCCCCACAAAAAAAAGGCCUGGUUAUUCCACCCUUGAAAACAGGAGGGGAAAUAAUGAGGAAGGAGUUUCGUUCUGGUGACUCGUUUUUCUUGUCGGGCAGAGUUUUAUAUACUCUGAUACAGAACCGGUGCACUUUCUUGACCUCUCCUUUAAGUGAAAGGGGGUGUGUGUUUGUGUGGAUGUGUGGAAAGGUUAUCAGGCCCUCCUUGACCCUCGCAACUCCCCAGUUGAGUGGGGGGCGUGACAAGUGGGGUGCCCCGAUCCUGGAGUUGUCCAUUCUCGCUCAACCUCACCUCAACUUCCCUUCCUGCGCUCAGUGCUUUGGUGUGUUAGAGAGGGUGGGUCUUAUACUCGGGCUCCGGGAAGACCCUGUCCACAACCAAUUUCUUACGGCACCUUAAGUGAUAGACUUUGGCUGGAUCUGGGGCAUUCUCCACCAGGU